AUGGAAGGGGGAACAAACACUAGUUGGAGCUUUCAAAAACUGCUAAAACUAAGAAGAGAAGCCCAUACUGUUAUUUCUUCAGGAGCUACGUCAAUUCGAGAAAUUUGGGAAGCUAUUCGAGUUAAAGGGAACAAAGUCCAUUGGCAUAACCUUAUAUGGUUCCCACUUCACAUCCCCAAACACAUCAUGAUUGUAUGGAUGACUUUCCUCGAUAGACUACCAACUAAAAAUAGACUCCAGCAUAUGAGAAUUGCAAACGACGAAUUAUGUGUUUUGUGCAAAGAGGCUCGGGAGACAAGAAACCACCUAUUCAUUGAAUGUCCACCUGCAGAUUCUCUUUGGAAGGCAAUUCUGUUGCUCUCCGGCUUGAAGAGACCUUCUCUGACCUGGGACAACAUGAUAACGUGGGCAUGUAAUUCCUGGAAAGGUGAGUCCCUUCUGACUACUGUUUUAAAAAUAGCAUGGUCUGCUCUUAUUUAUUCUCUUUGGGAGGAAAGAAAUGCAAGGUUGUUCAAAGGAAACUCAAGAAGUGCUGCACAGAUUCUUUCAGCUAUCAAGGAUAUUGUUGUUCUUACUUUCACUAUGGGUAAGACUGAUUUGGACAGAGAUAAGAUGAAACAACUGGUUGAUAGUUGCAAAGCUGUAGGAGCAUAA